AUGCUGCAGGACAGAUCCAAGAGAUUGAUAGAAUUCGGGAGCCGCCGUCAAGACGCCGAAGAAGACGACGACAUGAUGGAUGACCCGAUGGCCGAUGAAUUUGAAGAAACGUUGGAAUCGUCUGAUGCUCAAGGCUGGAGAAGAGGCGGUGGAGGCUGGAGGAGAGGCGGUGGAGGCUGGAGGAGAGGCGGAGGCUGGAGAAGAGGCGGGGGAUGGGGAGGGGGCCGCGGAGGCUGGGGAAGAGGCCGCGGAGACGCUGAAGAAGAUCACGAUAUCCUGGAAGAUGAUACGGACGAAACUCUGUACGACGAGUUAGACGACACUUCGUUUGAUCCUCAGGGUUGGAGAGGCCGUGGUGGUUGGGGUGGAUGGGGUAGAGGUGGAUGGGGUCGUGGUGGCUGGGGUGGAUGGGGCCGUGGUGGAUGGGGCCGUGGUGGAUGGGGCCGUGGUGGAUGGGGCCGAGGUGGUUGGGGCCGUGGUGGUUGGGGCGGAUGGGGUCGAGGUGGUUGGGGCGGAUGGGGUCGCAGACGUUUCUGA